AUGACGUAUCCGACGAUUGAGAUGUACGAUAUCUCGUGCACGACGACGCGCGCGCCCUGGUCGCCGUUCACGGCGCGCACGUAUCUUGCGCUGCGCGUGCUCGACAUGCCAUUCCACCGCACCAUGGUGCCAAUGGUGGGCAUCCGCUCGCUGCUCUCAUCGGCGGGCGUUUCGCCCAACUCUGACGGCGACCUUCUCCUGCCUGCCAUCACGCUCACCUCUGAUGGCACCACACGCUGGCUCACCGAGAGCGACGACAUUGCUGCGCAUCUCCAGGAGCUCUUUGUUGCAGCAGGCAAUCCUGUCUCCAAGUCGCUCUUUCCCGAUGAGGAUGCGAGGGAGGCGGGCAAGGCGGCACGUAAGGCGCUGCGCGAGUCGCUGUACAGUGCCGAGCAUGCGUGGAAGUCGCUCAUCCCCGCGGUGCUCGACAUCCUGGAGCCCGAGUCGCAGCAGUGGUUUGUCGACACGCGCACCAAGUCGUGGGGCAAACACCCGCGCGACAUCCUCACGCAAGAUGCGCCGCUAAACGAAGAGCGUGCAGGCGGGACGGUGCAGCUGUUGGCCAACGCCCUCCGACCGUUCAGCAAGCUGUACGACGACAAGAAGCUGUGGAUCGGCGGUGAGGAUCCAGUGUAUGCCGACCUGAUUGUUGUGGCUGCUCUGCAGUGGUACAGCUGUGCACGCCCGCACGAGUUCAAGCAGGCCAUCAAGAUCACAGGCGGCGGGUUGGAGAAGGCAUGGAUUGCAGCACAGCCUUUGCUGAACGAGUGA